AGCAUCGCGUGUGGCGCCCUCCCUCUCUUUGGAUGCACCUAUGGCAUUCUGUCGGUGCAGAAGAAUUCAUCUUGUCCAGAUCUCUAAGUUGACAUUUACGUGAGUCAUCAGUGCUAUCAACACGGUUAUGUCGGUGAAUAAUAAAUAAAGAAGAAUAAUUAAUUUUGGAGUUAAUAUUGAGUGAUUAACAGUUCCUGAAGAUUCAGUUCCAUUAUUUUUCGUCGACCAUGAUUAAUGAUUACGAUUAUUAGAUUGGCUCCAGAUUAAUUUAAUCCAAAUUGGGGUACUGGUUUAACCUCUGGCCAUCGCCGACGGCUAUAAAUAAAGAAAUAAAUAGAAUAAAUAAAUAAAUAAUGGAGGGAAAGGGGGACAAAGUGCCAUCGAACGAGGAGAUUUUAGAAGAUUUAACGAAGGACUUGGAGAAAUUGUGUGUCGAUAGGGAAAAUAAAAAAUCGGAUGAUGAUGAGGGAAGGGACGGUGAUUUCAAAGUUAAACCUGAGGAGGACCCCUGGGAGAAGGUGGGUAAGAGUUCGGAGGAGAAUUCCGAGGCCACCGAGGUUAAUCCACAGGAGGCCGAGGACUGGGUCGAUGAAGAGGCACUCAAGGACAGAGAGGUCUCCCUCAGCGAAGAGGAAAAGGAGAAACUCAAGGCUGAGGCUGAGGAGCUGAAGAAUGAGGGAAAUAGUCAUUUCAAAUCGUCGGAGUACAGAGAAGCCAUGAGGAAGUACACACAGGCCCUGCAGACGUGUCCUCUGAAAUUUGAAAAGGAUCGGGCUAUUCUGUAUGCCAACAGAGGAGCUGCCAAGGCAAAAUACGACGAGAGAAUAUCGGCGAUAGAAGAUUGUUCAAAAGCCAUCGAGCUGAACUCGACGUACCUAAAGGCUUACCUGAGACGUGGACAGCUGUACGAGCAAGAGAACAAACUGGACGAAUCCCUAGCUGACUACAAGAAGAUCCUCGAACUCGAUCCCCACAACGCAGAAGCCAAUCAUGCUGUUAACAGACUGCCCCCGCUGAUAGACCAACGAAACGAGAAAUUGAAGCAGGAGAUGUUAGGAAAGCUCAAGGACCUCGGCAACAUGAUCCUGAGACCUUUCGGUCUUUCCACGGAGAAUUUCAAAAUGGAACAGGACCCAUCCUCAGGCGGCUAUUCCGUUAAAUUCAAUCAGAAUCCGAGUUAAUCUCUAGCCCUCACAACUCCAAAAAAUCUAUUCACAUAAGUCUCUUUGAAAUAAUACAAUAAAUUUUAAAAUAAAUUAACAAAAUCGAUAGAUUAA